UGUGGACAUCCCAGCGCACAGCACACCACACCACAACGCAGCACAGCACAGCAGAGAGCACAGCCCGGGGAUGGACCAACACCCAGCACAGCCACCAUCGACACCAUCACCAGCACCACGAAUCACGGCAGCAACUGCAAAGCACGGGGCAACUGCCAUGCCAACAGCUCAGAUGCACAUGCAUCAGCGCUUCACGACAACGACACCAAGCUCACCCUGGUCGACCCCGCACGACAGCAGUGGCAGCAAGAUCAGCAGCAAGGGUCGUGGCAUCCGAAUGGCCGGGCGAAGCAGUAGCUGGGGCAGCAGCGGAGACACCGGUUCAUCUGGGCCGCCGACGUCGUUUUCAGCAUCAGCAGCAACAGCACCGUCACUUGCGGCCAUGCAGGCGCAACGACAGCAGCAAGCGGGGCUGGGCAGGACGCUGACGUCCUUUGGCUCGCAAUCGCAACACUUGCAGGAUCAUGCGAUGGCCAGGCAGCCACGCCAGGAGCAGCAGCAGCAGCAGGGACGUGGGCAGCUCUUGUUUGGGGCUGGAACAGGACAGCAGGCUGAGCCGCACCAUCAGCAACAAGGUGCGCAGUCUGCAGGGACGCGUUGGUGUUUGCGCGUUGUUGAACCAGCUCCACGCGAACGGCAGCGACAGCCGCAUUCGGACCGGCAACAUCAGCAGAACGGCCGGUUUGCAACUGGCAUGUUUGGGCAGGACGGUGACGCAGGGCGGAGGCUACGACCGACAGUUGCGCCGCGACGGAACGCCAAGCGGGAUGUGGAAUCGCACAUGGACACGUCUCAGGAGGACGACUAUGAUGAGGGCGAGCGCCCAAGCAAGAUGCCGUCUCCAUACAAGCCAAACCCCACGCUUGUAUUCGCGCGAACGCUGGAGCUGCUUCGACAAGGAGCGAGAGCACAGACAGCAAAGCCCAAGCAACAGCCACUGCCCGCGCAUCCGUCGCCGCACGCCUGCAGUGCACCGAAUGCCGUUGGCACAGCGAGCAGUCCACGCUUCACCAGCAUGGACACGGACCCUGUGCACCCGAACCAGCAGCGCGCUGGGCAGCGGCAAUUGCCGUUCGCACCACACCCUCCGUACACAUCAACCCAAUCUCCGCAACGACACCGACAGCAACACGCGCCACGACAACAGCAGCAACAACACGCACAACAACACUACCCACAACAACAACAACAACACCACCACCACCCACAACAGCAACAGCAGCAGCAGCAGGACAUGGCGGAUGACUCAGAGGAAGACACGUACCCGUGUCGUGUGUGCUGCCAUCCCAACCCAGUGUCGCGGCUGCUACAGUGCUCAUUCUGCGAUGGACCAGCCUGUGCCGGCUGUGCAAAUGCGUGCGAUGGAUGCCACUUCCAUUUUUGCAGCCUGUGCUGCGUCGCAAAUUUCGAUCAACAGCGCGAUCGCUACUUCUGUCUCUCGUGUCUUCAACAGCAGCGAUGAGCCAUCACCAUCCUCACCAGUCACCGUCACCAGGCACCGUGCUGCCGUUCCCAUCGACGAAUCCCCCCCCCCUUGUCCAUAACUGACCAUGUGAUUUGUGUGUCUGUGCAUCUGUUUUGUCUACCCACUGGGCGUGUGUGCCCGCUGACCAUAAUCAGAACCUGGCUGCGUUUAAUGUGUUGUUUGUUCAACCGAGUUGAGAUUGCAAACCCUCACUUUUCCUCAUCCGUUGUUCCUCCCCUGUUCCCCGUAUUCCUAAGAGAGUGCGCGCGCGUGUGUGUGGUCGCGCGCGCGUGUGUGUGUGUGUGUGUGUGGUGCGCCUACGCUGCCUCGUCUUGCCUGUCGCCUCCCUUGUCUGCAGCCGCUUGGAUCUCUAUUAAUUGACACCAGACAUGCACAUGUGGCAGUACGUGCCGUGAGUACAAACAACCAGAACACGAA